AUGGCUGAGCCUGAGCACAGCCACCAUCCCUCUGCCAGAGGCAAGGGGAGAACUGAGAGGUGCACACCCCAGCUUCUGCGGCUGCUGCUCUGGGCUGGGACCGCCUUCCAGGUGACCCAGGGAACGGGACCGGAGCUUCACGCUUGCAAGGAGUCUGAGUACCACUAUGAGUACACCGCGUGUGACAGCACUGGUUCCAGGUGGAGGGUCGCCGUGCCGCACACCCCGGGCCUGUGCACCAGCCUCCCUGACCCCGUCAAGGGCACCGAGUGCUCCUUCUCUUGUAACGCCGGGGAGUUUCUGGACAUGAAGGACCAGUCGUGUAAGCCGUGCGCUGAGGGCCGCUACUCCCUCGGCACAGGCAUCCGGUUCGAUGAGUGGGAUGAACUGCCCCAUGGCUUCACCAGCCUCUCAGCCAACAUGGAGAUGGAUGACAGUGCCACGGAGUACACCGAGAACUGCACUUCGUCCAAGUGGGUUCCUCAAGGCAACUACAUCACCUCCAACACGGAUGAAUGCACAGCCACGCUGAUGUACGCCGUCAGCCUGAAGCAGGCCGGCACUGUUAGCUUCGAAUACUACUACCCGGACUCUAGCAUCAUCUUUGAGUUUUUCGUUCAGAAUGACCAGUGCCAGCCCAAUGCUGAUGACUCAAGGUGGAUGAAAACCACAGAGAAAGGAUGGGAAUUCCACACUGUCGAGCUAAAUCGAGGCAACAAUGUCCUCUAUUGGAGAACCACAGCCUUCUCGGUGUGGUCCAAAGUUUCCAAGCCUGUGCUGGUGAGAAACAUCGUCAUAACAGGGGUGGCCUACACGUCAGAAUGCUUCCCCUGCAAACCCGGCACCUUUGCAGCCAAGCAGGGCUCCUCUUUCUGCGAACUUUGCCCAGCCAACACUUACUCAAAUAAAGGAGAAACUUCUUGCCACCAGUGUGACCCUGACAAAUACUCAGAAAAAGGAUCCUCCUCCUGCAAAGUGCGCCCAGCCUGCACAGACAAAGAUUAUUUCUACACACACACGGCCUGUGAUGCCAACGGAGAGACGCAGCUCAUGUACAAAUGGGCCAAGCCGAAAAUCUGUGGUGAGGACCUCAAGGGGGCAGUGAAGCUGCCCGCCUCUGGCACGAAGACUCGCUGCCCACCCUGCAAUCCAGGCUUCUUCAAAACCAACAGCAGCACCUGUGAGCCCUGCCCUUACGGCUCUUACUCCAACGGCUCCGAUUGUACCCACUGCCCAGCUGGAACUGAACCUGUCUUGGGAUUUGAGUACAAAUGGUGGAACACGCUGCCCACAAACAUGGAAACAACAGUUCUCAGUGGGAUCAACUUUGAGUACAAGAGCAUGACAGGCUGGGAGGUGGCUGGUGACCACAUCUACACAGCUGUUGGAGACUCAGACAAUGACUUCAUGAUUCUCACUCUAGCUGUGCCAGGAUUUAGACCUCCACAGUCAGUGAUGGCAGACACAGAGAAUAAAGAGGUGGCCAGGAUCACAUUUGUCUUUGAGACCAUCUGUUCUGUGAACUGUGAGCUCUACUUCAUGGUGGGCGUGAAUUCUAGGACCAAUACUCCUGUGGAGACGUGGAAAGGUUCGAAAGGCAAACAGUCCUAUACCUACACCAUUGAGGAGAAUGCUACCAUGAGUUUCACCUGGGCCUUCCAGAGGACCACUUUUCAUGAGGCAGGCAGAAAGUACACCAAUGAUGUUGCCAAGAUCUAUUCCAUCAAUAUCACCAAUGUCAUGGAUGGGGUGGCCUCCUACUGCCAUCCUUGUGCCCUAGAAGCCUCUGACACAGGCUCCUCCUGCACCUCUUGUCCUGCUGGUUACUACAUUGACCGAGAUUCAGGAAUCUGCCACUCCUGUCCCCCGAACACAAUCCUGAAAGCCCACCAGCCUUAUGGUGUCCAGGCCUGCACGCCCUGUGGUCCAGGAACCAAGAGCAAUAAGAUCCACUCUCUAUGCUACAACGACUGCACCUUCUCACACAUCACUCCGGCAAGGACUUUUGACUACAACUUCUCAGCUUUGGCAAACACUGUCACUCUGGCAGGAGGGCCAAGCUUCACUUCCAAAGGGCUGAGAUAUUUCCAUCACUUUACCUUCAGUCUCUGUGGAAACCAGGGUAAGAAAAUGUCCACAUGCACCGACAAUGUCACUGACCUCCGGAUUCCUGAGGGUGAGUCAGGUUUCUCCAAAUCCAUCACAGCCUACAUCUGCCAGGCAGUCAUCAUCCCCUCAGAGGUGACAGGCUACAAGGCUGGGGUGUCCUCACAGCCCGUCAGCCUUGCCGAUCGACUUAUUGGGGUGACAACAGAUAUGACUCUGGAUGGAAUCAUCUCCCCAGCUGAACUUUUCCACCCGGAGUCCUUGGGAAUACCGGACGUGAUCUUCUUUUAUAGGUCCAAUGAUGUGACCCAGUCUUGCAGUUCUGGGAGAUCAACCACCAUUCGCAUCAGAUGCAAUCCACUCAAAACUGUCCCUGGAAGUAUACUGAUGCCACACACAUGCUCCGAUGGCACCUGUGAUGGCUGUAACUUCCACUUCCUGUGGGAGAGCAUGGCUGCUUGCCCACUCUGCUCAGUCGCUGACUACCACGCUAUCAUCAGCAGCUGUGUGGCUGGGGUGCAGAAGACUGCUUACGUGUGGCGAGAACCAAAGCUAUGCUCCGGUGGCAUCUCCCUGCCUGAGCAGAGAGUCACCAUCUGCAAAACAAUAGAUUUCUGGCUGAAAGUGGGUAUCUCUGCAGGCACCUGUACUGCCAUCCUGCUCACCGUCUUGACCUGCUACUUUUGGAAAAAGAAUCAAAAACUGGAGUACAAGUACUCCAAGCUGGUGAUGAAUGCUACCCUCAAGGACUGCGACCUGCCAGCAGCUGACAGUUGUGCCAUCAUGGAAGGCGAGGAUGUGGAAGAUGAUCUCAUCUUUGCCAGCAAGAGGUCCCUCUUUGGGAAGAUCAAAUCAUUUACCUCCAAGAGGACUCCUGAUGGAUUUGACUCAGUGCCAUUGAAGACAUCCUCAGGAGGCCCAGACAUGGACCUGUGA